UCUCUCCCUCCAAAUAUUUAAACCUUAACAACCUUUCUUCAUCAAAUUCUCAUCUCCCAUUUCCUCCUUCAACCACUUCCCCACAGCCGAUCGCCACCGUCCGCCGCCGCUAUUCUGAUCACAAUGGCUCCAAUCGACCCCCACUCCUACACCGACUCCACCCACCCCCUCACCACCCACAUCUCCCUCUCCUUCUACUUCGACUUCCCCUCCUCCACCAUCUCCUCCUCCGCCCUCAUCUCCCUCUCCACCCCCCACUCCGGCCCCCUCAUCCUCGACACCCGCUCCCUCUCCAUCUCCGCCGCCAUCGACCCCGUCCCGCCUCUCCCGAUCCCCUUCUCCCUCUCCCCCUCCCCGGACCCCAUCCUCGGCCAGUCCCUCACCCUCACCCUCUCCAACCAGUCCCACCUCCUGAUCCUCUCCAAAACGGCGCCGUCCGCCUCCGCCCUGCAGUGGCUCCCGCCGCCGCAGACGUUUAACAAGUCCCACCCCUUCGUCUUCACCCAGUGCCAGGCCGUCCACGCGCGCUCCAUCUUCCCCUGCCAGGACACGCCGGCCGCGCGGGUCAGGUUCGCCGCGAGGCUCAACGUCCCGCGGGAGCUCUCCGCGGUCAUGGCGGCCAGGCGCGUGGGGCGGCGGGAGCCGGUUGAAGGAGAGUGCGGCGGCGCGUGUGAUGACGCGCUGUGGUGUGCGGAGGGGAGGGUGGUGGAGGAGUUUGUGAUGGAGCAGCCCGUGCCGCCCUAUUUGUUCGCGUUUGCAGUUGGGGAGCUCGGGUUUCGGGAGGUUGGUCCGAGGACGAAGGUGUACUCGGAGGAUGUCCCCGCGGUGUUGGACGCCGCGGCUAGGGAAUUCGCGAGGACGGAGGAGAUGAUUGAGGUCGGGGAGGCGUUGUUCGGGCCAUAUGAGUGGGAGAGGUUCGAUUUGUUGGUGCUGCCCCCGAGUUUUCCCUAUGGAGGAAUGGAGAAUCCGAGGCUAACGUUCUUGACCCCGACAUUGAUCAAGGGGGAUGCCACGGGGGCGCAGGUCGUAGCGCACGAGCUUGCUCAUAGCUGGACGGGCAAUUUGAUUACGAAUAAGAGCAAUGAUCAUGCCUGGUUGAAUGAGGGUUUCACAACCUAUGCCGAGCGGCGAAUAGUUGAGGUUGUGCAAGGAAAGGAAAGGGCCAUACUCAACAUUGGAAUUGGUUGGAGAGAACUUAUUGAGCAAAUGGAGAGGUUUAAGAACCAAAUGGAGUUCACAAAAUUGAAAACCAACCAGCUAGGGGUGGAUCCGGACGAUAUAUCUUCUCGCGUACCCUAUGAGAAGGGUUUCCAGUUUUUGUGGCGCAUUGAGAGAGAGAUUGGGAGGCCUGCAUUUGAUGAGUUUCUUCUAAAGUACAUUGCCAAGUUCAAGUUCCAGUCUAUCGACACCGACAUGUUUCUCGACUUCUUGAAAGCGAAUAUUCCCGGGAUUGAAGAUCAAAUUGAUCUAAAAGUAUGGACUGAGGGAACUGGCAUACCUCCAGAUGCAAUGGAGCCCGUUUCAGAAAUUUAUACGAAGAUCGUGUUGUUGGCCAACGAGUUUAAGUCGGGUAGGAUACCAAGUGAGGACGAAGUUGCGCAAUGGGGAGGACAGGAAUGGGAGCUUUACUUAGAAAAUUUGCCUAAAUCCGUCGAAGCUUCACAGCUAGUAGCGCUGGACAAGCGCUACAGGCUGGCGGAAUCAAGAGAUUACGAGGUCAAGGUUGCGUUUCUUCAGCGGGCCGUUGUGUCUAGGUGCACUAGUUACUAUAACGAGGUUGAGAAAACUCUGAAAGAAGUGGGACGGAUGAAGUAUCUCCGGCCGCUCUACACAGCACUGGUCCAGGGCGCGGGAAGGGACGGGGAGAAGAUGUUUGCAAGGAGGAUUUUCUCCGAGGCUUGCGCGGGCUAUCACCCUAUAGCUAAGGGUGUUGUUGAGGCCAUAUUUUCGCAGAAUUUUUAAGUUGGCCUCUAUGUCUAUCUGUAGCUGAAGAAUGUUUUCUAUUCUGGGAUUUGCUAUGUCUGGCAACUGCCUUUUCUGCACAUUGGUGUGUAAUGUAAUGUAAUUUAAUGUUCAAAUUGUUGUAUGUUUAUGAAAAAUCAUUGUCUUACUCUUA